AUGAGGCUUCGACAGCUGAAACUAGAUAAUCAGAGAGCACUGCUGGAGAAGAAGCAAAGAAAAAAGCGCCUUGAUCCACUCAUGGUGCAGCCAAAUCCAGAAGCCAGGCUGUGUCGGUCAAAGCCCAGAGGCAGUGAGGAACAUACUCCUUUAGUGGAACCUCAUCCUCCUCUCAACGACGUCAUCUUACAUGGCAUUGAUGGUCCAGCUGCCUUCCUGAAGCCAGAUGCUCAAGAUUUAGAAACCAAACUUCAUGUUCUCUCGGUAGGCUCUUCUGCUACAGAAGAAGAUACUGAAGGCAGUGUUGAUGGAGAAAGCACCUUGGAUACUGCUUCCAAGCCAGGUCUUGAGGAAAUUCUCCAGAAACACGGUAUCUCAGGUAGUUUGAACUUUGAUGAAGAGGAGACUGACAAUGAGGAAGAAGGAAGAAAAUUAACAUCCUAUUCAACACAUUCAGAAACAGAGAGACCCAAUUCUGCAUCCAGCCAGAAGUCAGCCACAGAUACAGGAGCUUCCAGUACCGCAGCCCAACAGGCUGAUAACCACCUGGGAGAAGUAGAGAAUAUAGCGGACUUUGCAUAUAGUCCUGCCCCUCGAGGUAUCACAGUAAAGUGUCGCAUAACCAGGGAUAAAAAAGGAAUGGAUAGGGGACUCUUCCCCACCUACUAUAUGCACUUGGAAAAAGAUGAAAAUCGGAAGGUAUUUCUUCUUGCAGGUAGAAAGCGGAAAAAGAGCAAAACAUCUAACUACCUUAUCUCCACUGACCCAACAGAUUUAUCUCGUGAAGGAGAAAGUUAUAUUGGCAAACUCAGAUCCAACCUCAUGGGGACCAAGUUCACAGUUUAUGACCACGGUGUCAGCCCAGUCAAGGCCCAGGGUCUGGUGGAAAAGGCCCACACGCGCCAGGAGCUGGCCGCCGUCUGCUACGAAACAAAUGUACUUGGAUUUAAAGGUCCUAGGAAAAUGUCUGUGAUCAUUCCAGGGAUGAAUAUGAAUCAUGAACGGAUCCCAUUUCGGCCACGAAAUGACCAUGAAAGCUUGAUUUCAAAAUGGCAAAACAAAACCAUGGAGAACUUGAUUGAACUGCAUAACAAGGCCCCGGUCUGGAACGAUGACACCCAGUCCUACGUCCUGAACUUCCAUGGCCGGGUCACCCAGGCGUCUGUGAAGAACUUUCAGAUAGUCCACGGAAAUGACCCUGACUAUAUAGUCAUGCAGUUUGGACGUGUGGCAGAUGACGUGUUCACACUGGACUACAACUACCCACUGUGUGCACUUCAGGCCUUCGCCAUUGGGCUUUCCAGCUUUGACAGCAAGCUGGCGUGUGAAUGAGAGCAGAAGUAGGCGCGGAGCUGGGCUUCCUCACCACAGAGCUUUCGGGAGCAGAUGGUUGCUGCCCUUGCCCUUGCCCUUGC